GCAAAUAAAGCACUCCAGAUUGAAUUGCACAAUCUAAUUACUUUACCAGGACGAGGGUCAUUUUCACCGUUUUUUCUGGGCAUUCGGUGCAGUGAUUCGAGCAUUCAAGAAGCACUGCAGGGCGUUGAUUGGUAUGGAUGGAACCUUCCUAACGGGUAAGUUUAGAGGUUGUCUGCUGACCGCGUCAUGUAUUGUUGGGAAUAACUGCAUAUUGCCAUUGGUGUGGGCAGUUGUUGAAGGUGAAAAUCGCUAUUCCUGGCACUGGUUUCUGGAACAGUUACGGGAUGGCGUCGUCGGUGAUCGCGACUCCAGCAGAGCAAAUACUGUACUUACUAUUGUUUCCGACCGCCAAAAAGGAUUGAUUGAUGCUGUAUCCGAUGUUUUUCCGGAUGCAGCUCAUGGUUAUUGCAUUUACCAUCUGUCUACCAAUCUCCCGCACGCGCCAAAGAAUACACCUGCGUGGAGAAGAUUUUGGGCUGCGGCUCGUGCAUACACUGUAGCGGAGUUCAACGAACACAUGGAGAAGAUGAAGGAGUUGAACCCCGAACAGUACAAGUAUGUGGUCAAGCUUCCUCGGCAUAGGUGGGCUACCCAUUGCUUCUUGGGAAGGCGUUAUUCAAUGCUCACUUCCAACUGUGCCGAGACGAUAAAUAGUGUAAUUCGACAUUUAAAGGGCCUUCCAAUUACCUACCUCGUCGAGGAAACACGAAAGAAAACAGCUUGUUAUUUUUACCAGAGGAAAAAUAAUGGGGAAAAUAUUACCAGUGUAGUAACACCCUAUGCAGAAAAGAUAUUAGGGAGCUCGAGGGAAACUUCCCGCUUUUACACGCUGAAUCCUUCGACCGAUGUCCUCUUUCAGGUAAUUGCAGCCGACCGUACGGAUGUUGUGGAUCUUUCCAAAAAGACAUGUUCCUGCAAGCGAUGGGACAUUGACGGCAUUCCAUGUAAUCACGCCAUGGCAGCAAUUUCAUUUAGGCUACGGGAUCCGUAUGAUUUUGUCGAGGACUGGUUUAAGACCUCGACUUAUCGCGCAACCUACAACGAUUGCGUCCCCCCCACCAGAGGCAAAGAGCAAUGGCCUGCAAUACCAAGUAACGUUGUUCUACCGCGACCGCCAAACGUCCGCAUAUAACCGGGCAGAAGAAAGGUUUCGCGGCGAGAGUCUAUUGCUAACGGCUUAAUAAAGAAGCGGUGCCGAAAUUGCCAGAGAUGGGGGCACAACAAAAGGUCAUGCAAGAAUCCUCCUGUGGCUAGAGCAAACUAGCUGCCCGCGACGACAUCCGCGGGCGCACCGCAGGAAACAUCGAAAAAUCCAUACGUUUUAUUGUAAUAGUUCAAGGCUAAUGUUAGUAGUGAACAUAUAGAUAAUUUGAUUAAGUAAAUUUUUGUAAUAGUAUAAAAUAGAGGAUAACAGUUCAACAUAUUUAAAAAAUAGUGUAACAAGGAUUUCAAAAUUUUGACUGGUUAAGUGAAGUUGCAAUGAAACGAGCCUACGGAUACACUGUUAUAGCGGUCAUUGCACCAUUUCUACUGCAGUAGAACCUUUCCGUUGC